AUGUGGGCUUACACCGUGGGCUUCACCGUCCUGCCCCACGUGGGAGGGUUCCUUGGCUGGUUCCUGAACAGGAAGGAGAUCCCAGCGUGGUACGAGAAGCUGAAAAAGCCUUCGUGGUGCCCGUCCCGCAGAGUGUUCCCUGUGGCCUGGACCAUGCUGUACACGGGCAUGGGCUACGCCUCCUACCUGGUGUGGAGCGACCUGGGGGGCUGCAGCAGCAAGGCCAUCGUGCCCAUGGGGCUCUACGGGGCUCAGCUGCUGCUCAACUGGGCAUGGCCACCCUUGUUCUUCGGUGCCCACAACCUCAACAUGGCUGUGGUCGAUGUGCUGUGCCUGGACGGGCUGGCCCUGGGCACCUUCUGCUCCUGGUACCGCAUCAACCGGCUGGCAGCGCUGCUGCUGCUGCCCUACCUGGGCUGGCUGGCCAUGGCCACCUGCCUCACCAUCCGCGUCUGGAAGGACAACCCCCAGCUGGAACCGGGCAAGAGCGACUGAAAUCCCUCCUUGUGUCCCGAACUGGCCUGA